GCUUCAUGGUGGCCCCAUCCGCGGAAGCAAAGCGCCCUCCAGCUGCCAAAGGGAGUGAACAAGACGAGAAGCCGACCAAACGCCAAAAGACUUGGUGGAAGGCGCCGGUCAGCCAAGGACAAAUCACACGCCAUAUCGCGCGGUGGCUGAUUCGAGAUGGUGCGUGUUCAGUUUAUAGUUAUGUCCAAUGUUUUACUGUUGUUUGUUCUAACUCUUGUGUACGAUUAGGAUUGGCCCACAACCUCGUGACAACAGAGGCCUUUCACGACUUUCUUGUUGGUGUUACAGGUGAUAUCAAUGUCAUCAUUCCAUCCAGCAAGACGUACAACGACAUACUUGACAAGCACUACGACACCUUCACCAAGGAUACAUCCGAUGCAUUCGCCGAGGAGUUUCAAGAGCUGGACGAGACUCCGUUCAUGACGGUCGAGCACGACUUGUGGACGAACAGCUCGAAAAACAGUAUAGUUGGCGUUUCCGGUUCCUAUAUCAAUCGUCACUGGCGUCCUGUGCGGCUCGCCCUGCUUGCAGAAGUGAAAAAUGAUGGUCAUGAUUCCGAAGGAGUGGCUGCGGUGAUGGAUGAGCAGCUGAAGGCUCGUUACGGUGUGGAUAUCAAGAAGAUGAUUCGAUUCACGAUCUCUGAUACCGCACCUGGAGCCCGAAAGAUCUCUAAACAAUUUGAUACGACUUUGCAAACAGAUUGCGCGAUGCACGUUCUUAACCUUUGUAUUGGUUAUGGAAUUGGGCUGAGAAUGUGCGCAAUGAAUACGUGAAGGAUCCGAAGACAGACGUGUUCGUGAAGAAGCGCGUUGUAGUGACGGAAGGCGGCGCAUUUCCCGAGGGUGGUGCUCUCAUCAGAAAGCUGCGUGCUCUCAACAAUUUUUUCGCGUCGAGUAAGUCGCCUGAGCGUGUUGCCCGACUUAAAGAAGUCCAGCUCAUUCUCAAACUACCCCAGUUGGCUGCGCUAAUCGAUAUCGACGUCCGAGUGGCGUCCACGAUCAAGCUAUUUCAGCGCUCGAUCAUCAACUACCCAGCUUUCCACGCAUUCUUUCAGAAUUCGAACUUGUCCAAGAAGGAGAAACGCGUCUUCAACCGUAUUACGGAAGCUGAAUGGGUUCUAGCAGUGCAGAUGGAGGCAAUUAUGCACCGCGUAUCGGAACUAGCUCUCGUCGAAUCCCAGUCGGCAACCAUGCUUUCGUCUACGAUGGGAUCUUUAUCAAAAGGGGCCACAAAUCCAGGACCUUUUAAAGCUCUCCCACUACAGAGUUGAUGCAAGUGUCAAAUUCCGCUACGACAUUUAUUCUGCUCAAUAUCUUCCUCUCUUCGAUGCCUUUGCGUCACUUAUUGCGCGUUUUAGCUAUAAACUAAACUUAUUAUAAUACUGCAAGUAGAAAUGGAUCCGAGGAAUGUUUUGUUACAUGAAGGAGCUUCAUAAAGCUCAUAAGC